AUGCUUGAUGACACAUAUGCUGAAAUUUGCUUUAAUUAUAAAAGAUAAAAAUUAACAACAACACCUAAGUAAGCAGCUACUUUUAAAUCAAAAUAGGAUAUUAAAGAAUUUGUGAAUCAAAUACAAGCAUAAGUAAAAUUACCACCAAUAGAGCAUGAAUUCUAUUUAAAUUAAUUUCGCUCUCCUAGCUUUUCAUAACAACACUAAAAUUAAUAUUCUAAAAGUGUUUUAGUAAAAAAAUAAACUAAAAAUACCAGGCUAAAUGGUUUAAUGUCUGAUAUAACUAUGUUGGAAGAAGGAGUUUUAUAAACAUUAUAAUAAAUUAAAGAUUCCUUUUCUUAAGAAAAAAAUAAGUUAUAAGAAUAGGAAUCAAAGUAUGCUUUAUUGUUAGAAAAUUUAGAAUAAAAAAAUCACAUAACAAAUACAAACUGGAAGACCUUAAUGAAACAUCACUUUAAAAAUUUUAAUCAAUAUAUUGAUUUUGCUACUAAAGAUAUUAAAGAAGAAAAACAUUUUGUUUAUUCUCAUUAAAUUUCAACUAGAAAUCAUUAUAUGUUUGUUGAUAACGAAAUCAGAAGAAAUUUUAUCAAAAAAAAAUAAACAAGAAUUUGA